GGAUUCGAACUAAAAUAAUAAACACACGCCGGUGUUGGGUGCGCGAGUAGUGCGCGUAAGAUUUCUGUUCUGACCAUUAUUCGUCUUCGUUCAAAAUCGUUGAACUGGAUUAUAAUUCGAAUAUUUGUACGUGUAUCUUGGUUACAGCAUUGAAGUUAUUGAAGCUGGCACUAGUUGUAAAAUACACGUCGUCUCUGUUUGAAUCGAGCUAUAAAGUGCAGCUGUAGUUGGCAACAUGCGCGUUACUCAAGUGUUGCUUAAGAUCAACAAAUAUCGUUACUAUAAAUGCUUCCUCUUGUUGAUCGUUUUAUAGCCCGAUAAAAAUAUCAAGAUAGACUCUAUUUCCAAAAACUUUAAUGUGAAGAGCUCUUUAGGAUAAAGCUUGCUUGUCGAUCCUAAAAAUGAAUAACAGGGAGUUAUGGCAAAAUCGUCGAUCGAUAAGGAAGGUAAAGGACUUAGGAAUUCCACAGUUUCUGAUCGACAAAAAGAUCCCCGUCUACGAUGCCGUAUCGUUUGCAAGUAAGCCGGACCGCGUUGUUGAUUUAAAUAGCUUUUUUCCUGAAAAGCCUAAUCGGCGGGAAUCAAGAUGGGCUUACAUGAUCGGACAUAAGACUCGGUUGCUGGAGGGUGCUUCACAGGCGCAGAUACUUACCAAUUCCAUUGCGCAUAGUAAAUUACCUAAGGAAUAUCAGAACGCAUUCAAUUCUAUGUCGCUGAAUGAGGACGAGACCAAGUGGCUCCAAAAUCGUCUGGAAAUUAUCAAACUUGAUUCAAAACAGUUCAAACUACCGCAUAGGGUCGAUCCACAAAGACCCUGGCAUAGGUUUCCUCGUGAAUAUGGCCCUGGAAUAGGACGUCGCACCUUCGAAUUGAUGUCUGCCUUGAAUGAUUUUGUGAGACUUAAUUCAACACGGGAUCGGGCUGUCUACAAGCCAUUGGUUCAUGAGUUGUCUUGCCAGUACAUUGGAAUGCCGAAAAAGAACCCCGACGGUAGCCUAGGGGUGAAUCCCUAUGUAUAUCAAGGAUACGCCUCAUCCGCAGUGACAGUCCCUAUCCCACUUUCCGUAUUGACGUCGUCCAGCUCCUCUGAUGUUUCUGGACCCACUGGAUCCCUUCCUUCGAUGUAUCCAGCGUUGCCCGAAAUGGACCUUUGUAAAAAAUUUGACUACGAACCGAAAACUUUUUGUCCUCUCUCGCCUUGUCCUUUCACUAAAGAUGGCGUUCAGAAAUCAUCGGUAUCUCUUCAUACUCUGUUUAUAACUCACCCUUGGGAAAACGACGACUGGAAGCCGUCAGAAAAAUUAGGUAGAGCUAUCAUGCAGUCGUUCACGUUCGCAGCAGCAUACACAGUUGGGCGUUUAGGAGAAGUGGUUUCUACGGAAGGCAGCUGUCUUCCUGUUGCGGAUCGAUUACGGCUUCAAACGGUGUAUCACGAUCUAGAUACCGUUGGAUUUAUUGUCUAUCAUUUGAACACUUUAGCCCAAGGUUCGAGCUAUGAACCGAACGGCGCCAUUCGAAAUGAGUUGUACCACGAAUGUGCUCCUCUUCGAGAAAAUGACGAGCUCAAUCCCCGUGUCCUGAAAUGGCUUAAAGUGUUCUACGAAGCCUAGUUUCGGCAAAUAAUAUACAAAUCAAUAAUAAUUUGUAUUUGAUAUCUAGUGCGUUUCCAGUACAUAGUCGUUUCAUUGAAAACGCUUGUAUGAUAGCAUGUGCGUUCUGUAAUCAACUAGAACUGGAUCUUGCGACUGAAACGAGAAAAUAUUUUAGUACUUUACUUCGAGUUUACGUGAUAAAUAAAAACAUGUACUCAAAAACGAAUAACUCCUCAGUCUACACCUUACUCCUCAACCGCAUCCAUUUUAUUUAAGAAAUUACGAAAAACAAUUGAGAAGCUACUUGUGGAUAUUACUUUUUUCAUUAACCUCACCGAAUGGGACUCUUUGAAAAACAGUCACUUAACCAGUAUGUGUUUUAGUAUGAAGCGAUACUAGUACCAUACAGGAGAAAAGAUUAAAAAAGACUAUAGCUUAAGAAAAGUAAGCUCUCACUUAAAAGUGGGCAUAACAACUUACAACUGGAAAAAGCUUAGAGAUUUCAGCUUGAGAGACAUUUGCCAGCAAGUAUAUUAAUAUAAGACUUGUCUACUUUCUCAAUGAUUUCAAGAACUGUUCGCGUUAGCCAAUCGACUUUUUCGCAUUUAACUGGGUAUCAGCUUACCGACAAGGCACCGCUUCGGGGAACGCGCCACUACAUAGCCUUGGUGGCAUAGUUUAUUCGUCGUCAAUUAGAUGACAAAUCUCGUGUCAACACAACAGGAACUACAAUUCAUAUAAUGGAAAAACUUAGCUAGUACUACGUAGUCAAACUGAGCGUUAAGGAGGUAAUUCAAUUUUCACUCGUAAGAUAUUCGUUCCUACACCAAACUGUGUAAUGAGAAAUGAAUCCUCCACAUUUGUCACAGAUGGUCAUAUCAGCAGUGGAUAAAGUUUUUUGUAUUACUUCUAGGAUGGGGAAGCCUUUUGGAACUAUUGUAUUAACUAAAAUAUUUCAUCAAAAAACUUCUUUUUCCUAAAUCAGUAUGCACGUGUGUUUAAAUUCUUCUCUAACACAUGUAUUUUAUUUGUAUCAUUAUAAUGCUCAUCAAACGCUGCCACUUUUUUCCAUGAUUGGUUGCAACUUAGGGUUGUAGUUAUCAUCAAGGCUAAAUUCGGGACCAAACUAAUUGUCUGCUGCAGACUUUUGGCGUUUUUCGCUACAUGUUAAGCAGUACUGAAAAUCCUUGGGCGUGUUUUUUUACCUCUCCCGUAUCACAGAUUACGCAGAUGGGAGAUGCGCUUAUGACUGGUUGCGAUUUCACCUGCAUAGCCGAAAUGCUACAGAAAUAUGUUUAGUGCAAGUGCUAUUCAUUACAUCUUCAGGAGUCUGGUUCGUCAAUGACUGCAGAAGCGGAUAAUGAAUAAGUAGCAAAUAUUCAGAAUAGACUAAAUAGCCAAAAUUAAUGAACAAAACCAAAUCACUCCUUGACCUUGUACUGCAAGGAUCACAUUAGUAAAAGUGUAGGAGUUACGGUUACAUGCUCUAUGUAUUGCGCCAUAAUCAUUAGACACUACUCUUACUACUCAACAUUUUCGACAAAUUCUCAAUAGGAAAAUUGUUCAAACCUCAAAAAAAUGCUAAACUUGUUUUUUGAGCCUUUACAGUUUUUCAUACCCUAAUAUUCUACGAUACCGGAAUAAGCAAGUUAUUAUCCAAACGUCAGUAACCAUAAUGAACAUUUAAAUUGAAAAAAUUCGAGAAUUUAGAAUUUACUAUCUCACAUGUAAAAAAAAGUUUAAUAUUUUAUCCUACAUUGCUUAUUUUUUAAGGUGAUAUGUAAGGUAUGUAUUUUUUAAGGAAUUUAAGGUGGUAUGUAUAUACACUUCUUUACAUUUGGCCUAACUUCGAAUGUAAAGGUAUGGAAAUAAAUUAUGUGUUCUGAAACUGAAAUGACAUAGAUGCAACAUUGUAUAUAACUGUGUACACAACGGAUGAACAUAUGAAGCUGCGACUUCAAAGUAAACAGUGUGACGAGAUAUGUAGCAGAUCAAUCAAUCAUGAAGUAGUCAAUUUCUUAGUCUUGAUGACGAUAAGAUUGGAUCUAUUUCUGAUACACAUGUUCCGUUUAUUGCAUCUAAGAGUGCGCAUUGAAAGUUUUCUUUGACUAGUCUAAUAAAUAACGAUUCAGGUUUUCAAGGGCCAUCACUUGCAUAAGCACUAUAUUUUUAGUCACUUUUCUUUAAAUGCUGAAAACUCGUUUCACAAAUUUUAUUGUAGUUGUCGGUAGUAGUUUUUAGUAUAAUAUGACAAAGCAGUGUAGUAAUGGUGACACUUCUUCAUGAAAAACAAGCGUUAUGCAAAAAAUGUAUCCAUAUUUGUGACAUAGUCCAAAAGGAAAAGCCAUGACUCUUCUUGCCCCCAACUCAUACUCCUAGGUAGGCUCAUUGUGGGCUUUGCGCUACUUUUCAUACGAAUCUACGCGCAAAAUAUACCAGUAAGCUAUCUUUUCAAAUCCCCUAUUACUAGAUAUUACUUUUGUCAGGCAGUACAACUAAGCGGCUUCCAAGUUCGUAAAAAAUUAAUUAAUAAAUUAACAGUAUCUCACUUUUUCAAUAUAAUCACGCCUCGCGCUGAUACAAAGAACUCGAAUAAUUCAAGCCAACCUAACCAAUUGCUAGCUAGAAGAAAGCAGGUAUCUUUUUUCGUGCCUUCGUCUAUUCACUACUCCGCCUUUACAGUUAAAUCGAUUACAGUUGUUAAUGUCACUAAUAUUAUGAAGCUCACAGAAAAAUCGGAAGUUAGGCUUUGUUGAAUAUAGAAAAAGCAUUAUCAUCGAUAGUGAAUUUGAGUUAAUAAUCAUAAUAAAGUUGCAUGCUUCAUCAAUACGGUUUCCUAGUGACAACUGCAGAAGCACGCCAGGAGACUGCAUAUAAAAUUACCACAUUUAUUAAUGACAUGUGCCAAAGGUUUUGGCAGCAGCGCCACGAAUAUAACCAUAUUCGUAGCAUCAAACAGGAUUGACAAUUAAAGAUAGGAUUACGCGACUGUUUAGGAUUAUCAGUCGGUGGCUGGAACUUAUUUUCCAAUUUUCUAUACACAUUUAGCAGUUUCGAUUGCCAUGUUAUAGUAAUUUUUCGAUAUAAUACUUCCUGUGGCGCCGCGAAUAUAUACACGUUUUCUGCUACAAAGCAACUUGGUGUCUACUAAAUAUACAUCCCAAAAAUGAGUUCAAACACAUUUAACUUUUGGAACAAAAAAGUCUAACAUAUGUUUUUCAAAAGAGAAAAUAAAAAGAUUUCAAAUACGUGGAUAUAACGCGCUUGCUGUGGACAUAAGUUGUAAGUUCCACCUCGAGAUAGUCAUAGCGUUUCAGAAAGGAGAGAGAAAGCGAAAAGGCAAUGUCCCUCGCCUUCCAAACUGACCCCUUGCUACCUUGCCUUUGUAAUGCUUCCAGCAUCAUUUGUUGUCUCAAACACCCACAUUAAGAUAGGUUUUCAUGGCUUACCUUAAGGGUUUCGCAAGUGCGAAGUGUUCCAGAAAUUUUCUUGCCAGGGUCUUGCUGGACUUCUAUAAGUGGGCAUAAAGCUAUCGAUAUUUUUCCGUUAUCAUUUUGGAGCUUUUCAGGGAGACGACUUAAAACAAAAUUUUGAAAAGUGCUUAAACAAAAUUUUAAAAUAUACUUUAUUAUAUAACGAGGCAAUAUUUGUUUAAGCUGAUUUUCAAUGAAUAGCACCAGGUUUUCGUAUUCUAAAAAAAUGAUGGCUGCGAUUUAGGUCAAUAAUACGCCGAUGAAUCAAUGUUUGUGUCCGAAAUUUUUCGAACUAAGACGCAUUUGUUGGAGAUCUUUAGAAUCAAGUGUAUUUCGUAUGCGUUUUCUCUUUAAAGUGUCUGUACAUGCACAAAUUUAAAUAAAAAAUGAAGUCUUUGUGUCGAACUUCCACUGUUCGCUUCUCGCUUCUCAUUGUGCUGCUAUUGUUUGUAUUAAAUUCUUUCAACAGCGAGGCCGAUAUUACAGGCAUUUAGUCGUAGGUGUCUAAGGAUUUGUAGUUACCUUUCUUUGGUAUAAGGCAAGACAGACUAGCAACUGUAUCCUUUAGCCCAGCCAAGAGCCAGUAUAAAAAAAUAUAAUCGGAAAAGUAAAAAAAAAUCUCUAGUCUAAACGCUUUGUGAAUUCUCACAAGUGAAAAAACAUGUUUUAUAUGGUCUUUAACUUGUCAGAUCAACCUAGAUCAUUGUAAAUACGAGUUUUCGAUGCUCCGUGGUCAAGGUAUCUCGCUUAUAACUUAUUCUUUGUAAUCCCCACACUGUUUGCCCGUUUCUACAGGAACUAUAAUUAAACAAAUAUAUUAAAAUGAAUGAGUAAGUUUAAACCAACAGCUGGUUCAAAAUAGGUUUUGCUUAACAGUUCGUCGUUAUAUAUUCUCACUGUUGCACAAACAAAUUGUAUUUUUCUUAUUUUUCAACACCUUAGGUUAAUGAAGCUGCUCACUCACUCACACUCACACUGGCUAUGUACAAUCCAAAAGGCGAUUAAGAACCGGCGUAACAUCUUAGAGAAUAAUUAUUUUUGCUCGUUUCUGAUAAUCUCAA